CAACGACACCGCAAUACGGCCACACUGUUCACACAAAUUGCAUUUCGCAUUGUCCGUCGUCGUCGUUUUCACACGCUGCUCUUUUCUGGAAUCGGAAAAAGCUCCAGGUCCAGUCCCGGCACCAGAUCCAGAUCCCGAUCCAGAUCGAGAGUCGCCUCUCCUCACCGUCAUCACAGCGAAGAAGAAGAAGAAGAGGUAGCAGCAGCAGCAAAAGCCGCCGCACAUUUCCACUCGCUUCAAAAAAGAAGGGAAAAGAAAUCGUGAAAUCCCAGCUCAUCCGACGGAGGAGGAAGCGAAGAAGCUAUCAAAAUUAACGCGGACACAGCUGCCGAGCGACGCAGACGCGAACGCCGCUUCUACUACAAAGCGAUGGCGACAAUGUUGACAUCGGAUGAGGCGAGCAAGUUGCUGGACUUCACCCAAAAGCUGGACAUCAAUCUUCUGGAUAAGAUCGUCGAGGUGGUGUACACAGCCCAGGGCGAACAGCUGCGACUUGCCCAGAGCAUACUGACCACGCUGAAAGAGCACCCCGAAGCAUGGACGCGGGUAGACAGCAUUUUGGAGUACUCACAGAACCAGCGGACCAAGUUCUAUGCUCUGCAAAUCCUCGAGGAGGUGAUCAAGACACGGUGGAAGGUCCUGCCGCGCAACCAGUGCGAGGGCAUCAAGAAGUACGUGGUCAGCCUGAUCAUCAAGACCUCGUCGGAUCCGAAUGUCAUGGAGCAGAACAAGGUGUAUCUGAACAAGCUUAAUAUGAUUCUGGUGCAUAUCCUGAAGCGCGAAUGGCCGCGCAACUGGGAGACAUUCAUUAGUGACAUUGUCGGUGCGUCCAAGACAAACGAGAGCCUGUGCAUGAACAACAUGGUCAUCCUGAAGAACCUCAGCGAGGAAGUGUUUGACUUUUCGCAGGGCCAAAUCACGCAGACGAAGGCCAAGCACCUAAAGGACACCAUGUGUUCGGAGUUUUCGCAGAUCUUCACGCUCUGCUCCUUCGUUCUGGAUAACUCGAUGAACGCCGCGCUGAUCCACGUUACGCUGGAGACUCUACUGCGGUUUCUCAACUGGAUCCCGCUGGGCUACAUCUUUGAAACGCAGCAAAUCGAGACGCUGAUAUUCAAGUUCCUCAGCGUGCCCAUGUUCAGGAAUGUGACUCUGAAGUGCCUGUCGGAGAUCGCCGGCCUUACGGCGACCAACUACGACGAUAAUUUCGCGACGCUCUUCAAGGACACGAUGGUGCAGCUGGACCAGAUCGUCGGCCAGAACAUGAACAUGAACCACGUGUUUAAGCACGGCUCCGACACGGAGCAGGAGCUGGUUCUUAACCUGGCCAUGUUCCUGUGCACCUUCCUUAAGGAGCACGGCAAACUGGUGGAGGAUACCAAGUAUGUGAACUACCUGAACCAGGCGCUUAUGUAUCUGGUGAUGAUCAGCGAGGUGGAGGACGUGGAGGUGUUUAAGAUUUGCUUGGAGUACUGGAACAGCCUGGUCGAGGACCUGUACAACUCUGAGUUUUUCCACCCCACUCUAGAAUCCUCAAAGAGGCAGCAGGUCUAUCCCCGGCGACGCUUCUACGCCCCCAUCUUGUCUAAAGUGCGAUUCAUCAUGAUAUCGCGCAUGGCCAAGCCGGAGGAGGUGCUGGUGGUGGAGAACGAGAACGGGGAGGUGGUGCGCGAGUUCAUGAAGGACACCAACUCGAUCAACCUGUACAAGAACAUGCGCGAAACGCUGGUCUUUCUCACCCAUUUGGACUCUGUGGACACGGACCGCAUCAUGACGCUGAAGCUGCUUAAUCAGGUGAACGGAUCGGAAUUCUCAUGGAAGAACCUGAACACGCUGUGCUGGGCCAUUGGUUCCAUAUCUGGUGCUUUUUGUGAGGAGGACGAAAAACGGUUCCUGGUCACCGUUAUAAAGGAUCUGCUAGGCCUGUGCGAACAGAAGAAGGGAAAGGACAACAAGGCCAUCAUUGCCUCCAACAUCAUGUACGUGGUGGGUCAGUAUCCCCGCUUCCUGCGGGCCCACUGGAAAUUCCUCAAGACGGUGGUAAACAAACUCUUCGAAUUUAUGCACGAGACGCACGAUGGUGUUCAGGACAUGGCUUGCGACACGUUUAUUAAGAUUGCCAUUAAGUGCCGCCGCUACUUUGUCACCAUCCAGCCGAAUGAGGCUUGCACAUUUAUUGACGAGAUUCUCACCACAAUGAGCAGCAUCAUUUGUGAUCUGCAGCCACAGCAGGUACACACUUUCUAUGAAGCUGUCGGCUACAUGAUCUCCGCCCAGGUGGAUCAGAUGCAGCAGGAUGCGCUCAUCGAGAGGUAUAUGCAACUGCCCAAUCAGGUGUGGGAUGACAUCAUAUCGCGCGCCUCGAAGAACGUCGACUUCCUGAAGAACAUGACCGCUGUCAAGCAGCUGGGCAGCAUCCUUAAAACGAACGUGGCUGCCUGCAAGGCCCUUGGACACGCGUACGUCAUUCAACUUGGCCGCAUAUAUCUGGACAUGUUGAAUGUGUACAAAAUAACCUCUGAAAACAUCAUCCAAGCCAUCGAGGUGAACGGCGUCAAUGUGAACAAUCAGCCCCUGAUCAAGACCAUGCAUGUGGUGAAGAAGGAGACGCUUAACUUGAUAUCCGAGUGGGUGUCUCGCUCCAACGAUAAUCAGUUGGUGAUGGACAACUUCAUACCGCCUUUGCUGGACGCUAUAUUAUUAGAUUAUCAGCGCUGCAAAGUUCCAUCGGCACGCGAGCCAAAGGUUUUGAGUGCGAUGGCAACCAUUGUGCAUAAAUUGCGCCAGCAUAUCACAAAUGAAGUACCAAAAAUAUUCGACGCCGUUUUCGAGUGCACGCUGGACAUGAUCAACAAGAACUUCGAGGACUUUCCCCAACAUCGACUCAGCUUCUACGAGCUUCUACAGGCGGUCAAUGCGCACUGCUUUAAGGCGUUCCUCAAUAUACCGCCUGCUCAGUUUAAACUGGUCUUUGACUCGGUGGUGUGGGCCUUUAAGCAUACCAUGCGCAAUGUGGCCGACAUGGGAUUAAAUAUCCUCUUUAAGAUGCUCCAAAAUCUUGACCAGCAUCCGGGUGCGGCGCAGAGCUUCUACCAGACGUACUUCACGGAUAUUCUGAUGCAAAUCUUCUCAGUGGUCACCGACACCUCCCACACGGCUGGUCUGCCCAAUCAUGCCAUCAUUCUGGCAUACAUGUUCUCACUGGUGGAGAAUAGGAAGAUUACGGUAGACCUGGGGCCGAUACCGGAUAAUAUGAUAUUCAUACAGGAAUAUGUUGCGUCCCUGCUGAAAUCGGCAUUCAAUCAUCUAUCCGAUAACCAGAUCAAAGUCUUUGUCACUGGCCUUUUCAAUUUAGACGAGAAUGUGCAAGCAUUUAAGGAGCAUUUGAGAGAUUUUCUUAUACAGAUUCGCGAGGCCACUGGCGAGGACGAUUCUGAUCUGUAUUUGGAGGAGCGUGAAGCGGCUUUGGCCGAAGAGCAGUCCAACAAGCAUCAGAUGCAGCGUAAUAUUCCAGGCAUGUUGAAUCCGCACGAGUUGCCCGAGGAUAUGCAGGACGAAUAGAUGUCGAUGUCGAUGUCCCAGAGCUAGAAUGUUUUAGUUGAUGCUUGAGAAUGAUGAUAUGAGGAUGGUGAUGUAUGAGUGUUUCUCAAGCGAGAAAGAGUAUAAAUGUUUGUUUGAUUGAAUGCAUAUAAGUACGUUAUAUAUAUAAAUACACCCACACACGACCCCACACACACAUGCAUACACAUACACCUAUACAGAUAUAGUUGCGUUAAAUGGUGAAUGAGUAAAUGGUUAUUCGUGCGCAAUUACAUACAUUAAUAUGAUUAACAUAUUUUUGCGCAUUGUCCUCGACUUACCAGCAUAAAUAAGAAGCCCAACCAGUUCCCAAUUCCCGCCCUUUAUCCACAUUAUGUAGUUGUAAAACAUCAUACUAAAGCGAUGCGAAAGAUGCAAACUUUAUCGUACUAAUAUAAAAAAAUGUUUGUUUGGAAUUUUUUAAAUGAGUAAUUGUAGAAAUAUCGAGUAUGAAUGAAUAUUUGAGCAAAUACAAAUACACCUCUCCCCACAUAAACAUGAGCAAAAGAAACAACAAUAAGAUGAAAAGAAACCUAAAAUAAAAAAAUAAAUUGUAGUGACUUAAACAGUUCAGGAGCAGCAGAAGUAACAAAAUUAUAUGCAAUCGUUUUGCAUAAAUUUAGCAUUAACACGACGAAGAAGACGAUGAACACAAUAAGGAGAUGAUCAAGAAACAAGCAUCAUAACCAGAAUAGAGAUCAUGCAAUGUGUGAACAUGUGUGAAAAUAGAACUAAAACGCAAAUACCCAAAACACAAAUACAUAAAAAAAAAACAAAAAUAACCAUAGUAAUGCGUAUUAAUGAUCAUGUUUAAAUUUUUACAUAAUUAGUUUGUACAUUAAUUUAAAUAAAAAUCAAUUAAAACUACAUUGAUGUAUGAUGCAAAGCCA